UAGAGCUAUAAAACAGAUAUAAUAAUUACCACAUCAUCGCCAAAUCGCGCUCGACUUUAAACUCUUGUCAAGAUGUCGGGGGAUAACAUUGGACCUAUUCUACCACCUUCAUUUAGCAGGCCUAGUACUUGUAAUGAUUCAGAUGGCUCUACAUCAGACACUGAGGCAACAAUAGGGCCAGCUUUACCACCUAAUUUCCGUAGUAACAAAGCAAAAAAUACAAGUUAUAUUGGACCAGUCUUGCCACAGUCAACUAGUAAUGUUACACAGAAUCGAAAUGACUUAGGAGUGAGUGUUGUUGACCCCAUUAAUGAAAUCAGCUCAUCCUGUACAACCAAUAGGACAUUGUCACCUGGUAGUUCUUGUGCAAAGACGGAGCCCUGUAGUUUUGUGUCGUCUAGUCAGGGUGACAUGUGCUAUGGUCCUGCACUUCCGCCUGGAUUCAAGCAAAGUGUUGAAGUGGGGGAACCAAUUGAAGAAGAUGAUGAUACUGAUGAUGAUAUGAUUGGCCCUAUGCCUGCAACUGGCAACGAAGUUAGCAGCAGUAGCGUUGCCAGCGAAUUUGAAGCUCGAGCAGAGGCCAUGAAGAAUAGGUUGACUGGAAAAUCAGAAGAGAAGGUUGAGAGAGAAACAUGGAUGAUGGAGCUACCAGACUAUGGAAAAAACUUUGGUCUGGGGCCCCGAACAUUCCGAAAGAAUGCAGCGCCUUCUAAGCAAGACAGAUCAGGAUGGACAGAAACACCUGCAGAUCGAGAAAAGAGAAUAAAAGACCUCCAAGAAAAAGCAAUGUCUGCAGACUCAACAUCAAAACACAAGAAAAAUGAUAGGGAAGAAAAAUCAAAAAGAGAUCAGGAAAUUGAAGAAAGGAUUUCAACUUUUAACCAAAACACCAGAGGCACGUCGCUGGUUGAUAUGCACCAAAAAGAACUUAAACGAAAAAUGCAAGAAGACGACAAUGAACCGCAAGAACGUCGGCCAUUCGAUCGUGAAGUGGAUCUACAAGUCAAUCGUUUUGAUGAUGCCAAGAAAAAGCGUCUUCUCAAGGAAUCUGCAAAGCUGAACGACAAAUUUUCACAUGGAUCCGAUAGAGUCUACCUUUAAGGUUUUUAAGUCGGUACUUGAGAUGACUGCACAGCAUGGUGCUUGAGACACACCACGCUUAAUCUGAGUACUCACUGUGCGCGAUGGCAACGGACCGCUUUUUAAAUGAGGAUCCGUUCAGACUGCCACUGACAGCAGACAGCGUUACGUCAUCUACCGCUUGCCGGAAGCAGAGGCGGAUUUGUUGUGCGACAGUCGUAUGAUGCAUUGAGUGCCCAGCUUAAGUGGUUCUCAACAGAAAGCAGCAUGUGUUUUUUCGGGGUAGUAAUCAAUAAACAUUCAGUAAAUUUUAUCAUAGAACCUCACCAAAUUUAAUGUUAGAUACAAAUUUAAUGUUAGAUACAAAUUUACAAAGAUGACUAUCACUUUGAAACUAAGAGAAGACAGAGUGGGGCAUUUUAGCCCUACUAGCAAAUUAAAGCAUGCUGUACUAAUGGUCUUGCUGCAGCUUUAAAGGACUGUGUUAUGUGAACCUAAAGUGAUCUGCGAGUUAAGUGAGCAGCCUUAGGUUGGGGGCCAGGGGGAGCCACCCAGGGCCCCGGCGGGGUCCUGGUGGGGGUGCAAGGAGGCGAAGCCCCCUUUGAAGCCCAGCACAUUUGAGGAAUAUGAGGUUGUAUUGAGUCGAUUUUGACUAUCUAGCAUGGUAGUUUUCAGUAACAAAUAAAUAAAAAAAAUAAUAGGUGUAUGUCUUUUAAAAGGGUACCUGCAAAAUGCAACUAUGACAUGUGUCAUUAAAUUAGUAAUAAUUCAUCUACUCACAACAUAAUCUUUGACAACAUAAAUGUAUACCAUUUCAAAAGAGAAAUUUCACUUCUAGAAAACAUGAUGAAGUUUCUCAUCAACAUUGAACAUAAAAAUCACAAAAUCAGCAAAAAGGAAAACUAAUAUCCAAAAACCUUUAAAAAAGUCGUCAAACAACAAAUUUGAGAUUCUUAGGCAAUUUCAGGGGAUAAAAAGGGCAUUUAUAAAGGGGUGGGAAAGAUUUUCCAAAGAUAGAUAUUUUCCCCUUGUUCCCCGGUGGUUAGCCUACGCGAUCAAAGGAGUUAAGUGUAGAGUCUGUUGUGAGUCUGGUCAUUAUAAUAUCUUCCUUUUUAUUCUUGUCUUUAUUUUUCUCUCCUCUUUUUCUUUUCCUUUUUCCUUUCCUUUUCUCUUCCUCUUCUUUCUCUUUCCCUCCCUCUCCCCUCUUUCUUUUCUCUUAUUACACAGCCCGAUACGACGGCUAGUUCAGCCUGGUAAAAACUGUCAGGGGGAAGUUUGCCCCCCCCCCCGCGCCUGUUACGCCACUGUUUCAUGUCAAUUAGAGACAACAGGAUUAUACAAAUUCAUACAGUAUAUCUUUUAAAUUACACAAUAUGAUUAAACCAGGUACUGUACUUGAAAACAAUAAGGAAGCAAAACUUGCAUGUCAAGAGUGUCAAAUGUUGUCUACACAAAAACUGUACUUUAUUAAAAGAGUAAAGUCUACUAAAGGGGUGUCGUCAAUGGAGAUAUGCACACAUAUCAGUGUACUGUGGUCAUACCUGCUGACCUCGAUAGAGAGUGAUUGAUUGCACAAAGGUUUCCAUGCUGGUGCAUCUAUCUUUGUAGCUAUGCAUUGUGCGAUAUGGAUCAACCUUUCAAUGGAAUUGUGUAUCCAUUCAAUGAUACAGUAUAA